AUGAAACUGAUCUAUCCGCUGGUAGCGCUACUACCGCUGGCGAUGGCGCAGGAGCCGCUCAUGGGCGACCUCAUUGCCCAGGCAGACAAGUAUCUGUCCGAACGAGCCUUUGACCAGGCGCUGGAUUCUUACGACAAGGCGCUAGAACGACAAAAGUCGCAGGGCGACGACGCCGUGGAGGACCCCGUGGAGCUCUCGCGAGUCAUGUACCGACGAGGAACGGUGCUGCUGCUCAAAGACAAGCAACAGCUGGCUCUGGACGACUUUGAAGCAGCCCUGGCCCUCAACCCCAAGAUGCACAAGGCCUCCAUCAAGAUUGCAGAGGCGUUGUUGCGACAGGGCGAGUUUCUCAAGUCGAUCCAGCGCCUCGAGCCCCUUACAGAUCUCAAGGGCAUGGACGAGAGAGACCGAAAACGGAUCAUGGAGGGUGCCAACAGUGGCUUGGUGAACACCGAAGCCGCAGCCAAGGCCUACCAGUCGAUCCUGGAGUCCCAGGACAAGGAGCAGCCCAUUGACAAGAUGCACGCCGAGUCGUGUAUUCUUCACGCAACCGAGGCCCUCAAGGUGGCUAAAAAGUCAAUCACAUUACACAAAUACAAGGCCAACUGUCACUUGGCUCUGGGCCAGGCCCAGUCUGCACUGGUCGACCUGUCUUACUUGCAAGUGGCAAACCCUGCAGACGUGCAGCUGGCCCAGGAGAUGGCCCAGAUCUACUUUUACAUGCUGUACGAGCCCGACAAGGCGCUACAGCAGAUUCGACAAAAGUGUCUGCGUCAGGAUCCCGAAAACAAAACGUGUGGACGGCUGGCCAAGGAAAUUCGAAAGCGAGACAAGGUGCUGAAGCCCGGCCUGGCUCUUUUGGACAGUAAAAGAGACAGAAAGCCUGCUGAUCCUCUCUAUGAGCGACUGUUUAAGGAGUGGGUUGAAGAGGGUCUGUUUGACGACAUUGUGCGAGACACCAGGGUGUUCAUGGAUGCUCUAACCAUUGCUCCUAUUGAUCGAAUUAAUAAUCUCGGCUCUGUUUCCAAUCUCGUGGGUAGCAUGGAGGAGGUGCUUUGUGAGGCGUACUCCAAGCAGACCCAGAAGAAAGCCAACAAGCCCCCUGCAUCGCGGGCUGUUUUCUGCGAUCUUGUUUCUCGACGAGACGAGCAUUUUGUUCCUGCAGUCAUGCUUAAGGCCAACAAGCUGGUUGACGAGGAGCAGUUUGAGCAGGCUGAUGCGAUCCUAUCCGAGCAGGUUCAGUACUGGCAGUCCCUAGGUGACAGCCACAAGGUGCAGCUGCUUCGAAACCGGCAGCAGGAGGUGGCUGUGCUUCUCAAGCAGUCAAAGUCCAAGGACUACUACAAGAUUCUGGGUAUUGCACGAGACGCUACCGAAAAGGACAUCAAGAAGGGAUACCGAACACAAUCCAAGCUGUACCAUCCUGACAAGUACAAGGGCGAUCUGGACGAUACUGCUGUGGAGCGAAAGAUGGCUGAAAUUAACGAAGCAUACGAGAUUCUGUCUGACCCUCAAAAGAAGGCUGCGUUUGAUAACGGAGGUGAGUUUGAUGGUCAGGGCCAGCAUCAGCCCCAGAACCCCUUUGGAGGCGGGGGUGGAGGCUUCCAGUUCCAACAAGGUGGAGGAGGUUUUGAUUUCGCUGCCAUGUUCCAGGAACAGAUGAAGCAGCAGGCUCGACAGGGGCAAGGUCGUGGAGGUGGAGGAGGAGGCCAGCACUUUCAGCACGGCUUCCGGUUUUAA